UGCAGAAGUAUGAACUUAAGGGUGAAUGAGAUGAAGAACAUAGGAAGAAAGAAUCUGAAACAAGCAGCUUCCGAGCAGGAUUUCAAGCUUAAGCAAUGUCAGAGUAUUGCCCAGAUAAUGGAUACAAAAGGAGAUAACUCAUCAAAGUUGUUUAAACGGAAGAAAAGAAGAUCAAGUCGCGCUUAUAACUUGUUGGUCAUGGGCUGUUUUCUGGGUCUACCUUUAAGGACAAGAAGAAGAAGAAGAAGAUAUAUGUCCGAGAUCCCUCUGGAUCUUUUGGUCGAAAUUCUUAUCAGACUGCCGGGAAAGUACUUGGCGAGGUUCAAGUGCGUCUCAAAGCAGUGGUCAUCACUCAUCUCUUCUCCAUAUUUUUGCGAACGUUUACUUACGAUCACUCAACGGAAACAACAUCUAUACAUGUGUUUGGUGGAUAAAGACGGGCAACGUGCACUGCUGUCCAUGUCACCAACCUCUCCAGACAACACUUGUUUUGUGGUCGACCAAGAUUUGAGCAUCCCAGGGAUGGGAGGCUACUACUUGAACGGCCUCCACGGCUUGAUGUGUUUCUCAAUGAGAAAAAGGACUUGUAUAUACAACCCCACCACCGGACAGCGCUUGACCUUACCCAAGAUUAAGCCCGACAUCAUAGCCGAACCAGGUCAAAAACAGUUUAUUAAGCGGAACCAUAUCGGAUACGACCCUGUUGAUAAUCAAUACAAACUAUUAUGCACAAUUGUUAUAUAUUCAGACAAAUUGCUUAAUCUGAAGACGGAGCACUGGGUGUUCGUGCUAGAAGCUGGAGGCUCGUGGAAAAAGGUUGUCCCGAGUGAGAAUUAUCGUCCUCAUGCCCCUUUUGUACCAGGACAAUCUAUCAGUGGAUCAGUAGUAUAUUAUCUGGCGUGGCAUAAUAUGUACACUUAUGCGAUUGUGAGUUUUGACGUUAGGUCUGAAGAGUUUACUACCAUCAUAGCAUUUGUGGAUGACAGAUAUGCUAUUCCUGCAUUUGAGAUGAGAGCAGAACUUAUAAAGUAUGGUGGAAAAAUCGCUAUUUUCGAAUAUAGCUACUUACGAACUGAGGGUACGACGACAUUAAGGGUAUUGGAAGAUGCUGAGAAAAAGGAAUGGUCGACGAGGAGCCUAGUUUUGCAGCCUUGUCAGAUGCAUUUAGUCCAAGAUAUUGAUUUGAUUGUAAAGGGCACAACUCAAGACGGCAAAGUUAUCUUAGCACCUAUGGAUGUGCAUUCUGGAUUCUAUAUUUUGAGUUAUGAUUUGCAAAGCAAUGACUUGAGUAAGGUUGAAACCAAAGGAAUACCAGACCAUUGGUUCGAGAAAGAAUGUUGGUUUGACAAAGAAUGCAACUUUGACUUGAGGUUGGUGAAUGAGAGUAGUUUCAUCUAUUUGGAAACUUGAGCACUUGCUGUGUUAUUCACUUGAUUUUGCUUCGAUUUGUUUUUGUGUGUUUUCUACCGCUUUUUAGGGGUAAUUAUUCCAAAUAGGAAAAACAUUAUAUA